UUUGAGAUUGAACUGGCUGCACUAGAUUGUACUAAUUCUCUUUCUUUCUUUUUUACAUCGAGUCAAGUUAUACAUCAAGUCAAGUUUUACAUCAAGUCAAGUUAUAUGUUUGUUUCUUUUUAAGAUCCAAAAGUACGCACUAGUUAGCUACAAGGAACAGAUCUCAAGUUUUUUAGUACAACAUCGAUCUAUACAAGAUGGUAGUCCUCAAGAAAGUGUUUUCGUCACGCAUCCUUUUCUCAUCGUUAUUGCAAAAGUACAAGUAUGUCAUUCCUAAUGCAGUUGCAGUGUCAAAGAAAAACUACUCGACUGCCGCGGAAAGUGAAGAAAAUUACGAUGUCAUUAUUACCGGAGGUGGCAUGGUCGGCACGACGUUGGCAUGUAGCAUAGCAAACAAUCGAAGAUUAGAAGCCAAGAAAGUUCUACUUUUAGAAGGUAGUGAUAAACAUGAGUAUACACCACAGGAACAGUAUUCCAAUCGUGUUGUCGCUCUUAAUCAGCAGACUCGUAUCUUAUUGUCUAGCUUGGGAGCAUGGCAACAUAUAGAGGCAGUCCGUUAUUGUCCAGUUAAAAAAAUGCAGGUUUGGGAUGCAUGUUCCGAUGCUAUGAUAACAUUCAAUGAAGAUUAUUUGCACGAAGAGUUGGCGUAUAUAGUUGAAAAUGAUUUGCUGUUGCACGCAGUCAAUAAGCAGCUUUCUCAGAAGGAAAAUGUAACUGUAGUUUACAAUUCCAAGGUUACUGAUAUAAAGCUCUCGAACACAUUGACGGAGUAUUCCACGAUACAACUGCAAUCUGGGAAGCGUUAUAAGACCAGGUUACUGGUGGGCGCCGACGGUGCUAAUUCACUGGUGCGGAAAGCGAUGGGUGUGAUGUACCUGAAUUGGCAGUACGAACAAUUUGGCAUUGUCGCAACACUUAAACUAUCCGAGCCCACGGAGAAUAUCGUCGCUUGGCAGAGGUUUCUACCGACUGGGCCGAUCGCGUUACUUCCGUUGACAGAUUCUCUCAGCUCGCUUGUGUGGUCCGUCACGACGAACAAAGCGAAGGAACUGUUGAAAAUGCCGGAGGAGGAGUUCGUCGACAAGAUAAACGAAGCGCUAUGGAAAAUCUAUCCGAAAAACAAUAUCGUCGAGAGCGGCAUGACAGCACUUCGCCAGCUGCUCCAGACUUUAUCUCUACAGACCGGUGCGCAGAGACAACUGCCGCCUUCCGUGGCGUCGAUCGUUGAGGGAUCGCGAGCGGCGUUUCCUUUGGGAUUCGGCCACGCAACAUCCUACAUUCAUUCGGGCGCGGUGCUGGUCGGUGAUGCUGCACAUCGAGUUCACCCGAUGGCUGGCCAAGGUGUGAAUCUAGGCUUCGGCGAUGUGACAGCACUGACGAAAAUUCUCGCUGAAGCUACUGUGAAUGGCUGUCUGCUGAACGAGGAGCAAUACUUGCAGCAAUACGAGACACAGAGGCAACGUCACAACACGCCGACGAUGUUCACUAUCGACGCGCUUCAUCGUCUGUACCAAGGCACUGCGGCUCCCAUUGUUCUAGCUAGGAGUCUAGGGUUGCAGGUGGUGAAUGCUAUUCCGCAGGUCAAGAAAAUGUUAAUAAAUCAAGCUGGAGGAAGGGUCUGUUAAAUGAUUAAUUUGGUAUAUACUCGCGGGUUAGUGAAAGGGAGAAAGGAAGACAUGAAAGUGCAGAAGACGCAAUCCAAACGAAUACCUGGCUGACCAUCAUCGUCGUGCCUAUUUAUUAAUACAUAAUCCGGCUACUGUUAAUGAAAAUACCGUAUAUUUCACCAUUUCAGACGCUGGUAAUCAAUACAGAAUCGAUAAUGAAA